CUGACGCACUCUUAAGUGCAUUGUCUUUUUAAGUAGAUCAGGAAGUUGAGAUAGAAGCUGUGCCCCAGGCUCUCUGUAUCUAUCUCCCUCUGUGUCCGUACCCUGCCCUGGAGAAGAAGAGGUUCUGAACCAUGGAUAACCUCAGUAAAUCAAACACCACCUUUGCACUCAACCUAUUCAAAAAGCUGAGUGAAAAUGCCAGUUCACAGAACUUAUUCUUUUCUCCUUUGAGUAUCUCCUCUGCUUUGUCCAUGGUUUUUUUGGGUGCAAAAGGCAACACUGCAGCCCAGAUGGCAAAGGUGCUUGCUUUGGACAAAGCUGAAGAGAUUCAUGGUGGAUACCAGUCACUUAUUUCUGAAAUUAACAAACCAGGCACUAAUUAUGUGCUUAGGAUUGCCAACCGGCUCUAUGGGGAAAAGACGUUUACAUUUCUUGCAACAUUUAUAGACUCCUGCCAGAAAUUCUACCAUGCAGAGCUGAAACAACUUGACUUCUCUAGAGCUGCAGAAGAUUCCAGAAAAUACAUAAAUGCCUGGGUAGAAGAAAAAACGGAAGGUAAAAUCCAGAAUCUGUUGGCUCAGGGUGUUGUUGAUUCAAUGACCAGACUAGUCUUGGUGAACGCCAUCUACUUCAAAGGCAACUGGGCAACCCCAUUCAACAAGGGUCGCACAGUGGAAAGGCAAUUUAAAAUUAACAAGAAUGAGAGCAAACCAGUGCAGAUGAUGUUCAAGACAGCUAAGUUUAACAUGAGAUACAUAGGAGAGUUUCAAACCAAAAUCCUUGACCUCCCUUAUAUUGAUAACGAGACUAGUAUGAUCAUCCUGCUUCCUGAUGAAAUCCAAGAUAAUUCCACUGGCCUGGAACAGCUGGAAAGAGAACUUACCUAUGAGAAACUUAUAGAGUGGAUAAAUCCAGAAAUGAUGGACUAUACUAAAGUGGACGUGUUUUUACCCAGAUUUAAGUUGGAACAAGGUUAUGAUCUGAAGCCUGUUCUGAAGAGCAUGGGAAUGGCUGAUGCAUUUGACAGCAAGAAGGUGGAUUUAUCUGGAAUGUCAGCCAGCAAUGACCUAGUUCUGUCUGAGGUUGUUCACAAGUCCUUUGUGGAGGUAAAUGAAGAAGGCACGGAGGCAGCAGCUGCUACUGGAGUAAUCCUCGUUGGGUGUUGCUUACAGAUUCCACCACAAUUCACUGCUGACCAUCCUUUCCUCUUCUUUAUCCGGCACAACAAAACUGGCAACAUUCUGUUCUAUGGCAGAUUUUGUUCCCCCUAAAACAAAAAACAAAAAAAAUGCAGCCCUUAACACAGUAAAAUUAUUUCCAUUUGACUAUCUUGCGAUUUUUUCACUCUCUAAGCAACAAGCUUUGUACAGAUGCUGUACGUUACAUGGUGCAACCCUAAACACCCUUCUCUCUUGUGCCUGAAGUAGCUUUUUGUAGUCCUCUAUUCAAAUUUAAGAAACGGUUUUAAAUAACAGGAUCAUUUAGGAAUGUCUGUUCCAAGUGGUAAGACUUAAAAUGGCAUUUGCCAUAGUUCACUGUGUAUUCACCCUUUGUAUUCUGUAUACCUAAAUAAAUACUGAUUUCUUUA